GCCCGCGCCGUCCGCCCGCCGACAGCUCCCUGAGCCCGCCCAGGAGGCAGCCGCGCGCAGCGAGCCGGUGGCGCAGGUGUCGGGGUCCCCGAGCGCCCAGCCUGGGAGCAUGAUUGUGGACAAACUGCUGGACGACAGCCGCGGCGGAGAGGGGCUGCGGGACGCGGCGGGCGGCUGCGGCCUCAUGACCAGCCCGCUCAACCUGAGCUACUUCUACGGCGCGUCGCCGCCCGCCGCCGCCCCGGGCGCCUGCGACGCCAGCUGCUCGGUCUCGGGCCCCUCGGCGCCCGGCUCGCCCGGCUCCGACUCCUCCGACUUCUCCUCUGCCUCGUCGGUGUCCUCCUGCGGCGCCGUGGAGUCCCGGUCGAGAGGCUGCGCCCGCGCCGAGCGCCAGCCAGUUGAGCCCCAUAUGGGGGUUGGCAGGCAGCAGAGAGGCCCCUUUCAAGGUGUUCGGGUAAAGAACUCGGUGAAGGAACUCCUGUUGCACAUCCGAAGUCAUAAACAGAAGGCUUCUGGCCAAGCUGUGGAUGAUUUUAAGCCACAAGGUGUGAACAUAGAACAGUUCAGAGAAUUGAAGAACACAGUAUCAUACAGUGGGAAAAGGAAAGGGUCUGAUUCGUUGUCUGAUGGACCAGCUUGCAAAAGGCCAGCUCUGUUGCACUCCCAAUUUUUGACACCACCUCAAACACCAACGCCUGGGGAGAGCAUGGAAGAUGUUCAUCUCAAUGAACCCAAACAGGACAGCAGUGCUGAUCUGCUUCAGAACAUUAUCAACAUUAAGAAUGAAUGCAGCCCCGUUUCCCUGAACACAGUUCAAGUUAGCUGGAUGAACCCUGUGGUGGUCCCUCAGAGCUCCCCUGCAGAGCAGUGUCAGGACUUCCAUGGAGGGCAGGUCUUUUCUCCACCUCAGAAAUGCCAACCAUUCCAAGUCAGGGGUUCCCAACAAAUGAUAGACCAGGCUUCCCUGUACCAGUAUUCUCCACAGAACCAGCACGUAAAGCAGCAGCCACACUACACCCACAAACCAACUCUGGAAUACAGUCCUUUUCCCAUACCUCCCCAGUCCCCUGCUUACGAACCAAACCUCUUUGAUGGUCAAGAAUCACAGUUUUGCCCAAACCAAAGCUUAGUUUCCCUUCUUGAUGAUCACAGGGAAUCUGAGAAUAUUGCUAAUCCCAUGCAGACUUCCUCCAGUGUUCAGCAGCAAAAUGAUGCUCACUUGCACAGCUUCAGCAUGAUGCCCAACAGCGCCUGUGAGGCCAUGGCGGGGCACGAGAUGGCCUCUGACUCUUCAAACACUUCACUGCCAUUCUCAAACAUGGGAAAUCCAAUGAACACCACACAGUUAGGGAAAUCACUUUUUCAGUGGCAAGUGGAGCAGGAAGAAAGCAAAUUGGCAAAUAUUUCCCAAGACCAGUUUCUUUCAAAGGAUGCAGAUGGUGACACGUUCCUUCAUAUUGCUGUUGCCCAAGGGAGAAGGGCACUUUCCUAUGUUCUUGCAAGAAAGAUGAAUGCACUUCACAUGCUGGAUAUUAAAGAGCACAAUGGACAGAGUGCCUUUCAGGUGGCAGUGGCUGCCAAUCAGCAUCUCAUUGUGCAGGAUCUGGUGAACAUUGGGGCACAGGUGAACACCACAGACUGCUGGGGAAGAACACCUCUGCAUGUCUGUGCUGAGAAGGGCCACUCCCAGGUGCUUCAGGCGAUUCAGAAGGGAGCAGUGGGAAGUAAUCAGUUUGUGGAUCUUGAGGCAACUAACUAUGAUGGCCUGACUCCCCUUCACUGUGCAGUCAUAGCCCACAAUGCUGUGGUCCAUGAACUCCAGAGAAAUCAACAGCCUCAUUCACCUGAAGUUCAGGAGCUUUUACUGAAGAAUAAGAGUCUGGUUGAUACCAUUAAGUGCCUAAUUCAAAUGGGAGCAGCGGUGGAAGCGAAGGAUCGCAAAAGUGGCCGCACAGCCCUGCAUUUGGCAGCUGAAGAAGCAAAUCUGGAACUCAUUCGCCUCUUUUUGGAGCUGCCCAGUUGCCUGUCUUUUGUGAAUGCAAAGGCUUACAAUGGCAACACUGCCCUCCAUGUUGCUGCCAGCCUGCAGUAUCGGUUGACACAAUUAGAUGCCGUCCGCCUGUUGAUGAGGAAGGGAGCAGACCCAAGUACUCGGAACUUGGAGAACGAACAGCCAGUGCAUUUGGUUCCCGAUGGCCCUGUGGGAGAACAGGUGAGAGGCACAGGAGGGAGAGGAAGUACUUUUUGGCACUCCAGUCUGAAACAUAAAGGGAGAUGAGGCUGUGCAGGGCGAAGGCCAGCUGUUGCUCUUCAGGUGGUCUCUAUCAGUGUCUGUGUCUCACGGUAGCCGUCAUAGCGUUGUGGAGUUACUCUUCCUUUGGAAACAGAGCAAAUUAAGAAAUUUGAGGGUUUAUCCAUAGACUCAAAAUGUUUAGAGGUCAGGUAGUAUUCUGUGACACACACUUAGGGUUAGAGUAAGUCAGACUGGUUUAAGGUUCGGAAAGAGAAGGUACCAAGGUUCCUGCAGAUACCAAGGAAAGAGAAUCUUAGUCUUGUAAGGUAUGAGCCUUCAAAUAUUGUGGAUAUUAAUUGAGUUGUUAUAUGUGGAGUGCUCACAAUAGUCCCAGCUACAGAGUAAGAGCUCAGUGAACAUCAAUAGUUAGAAUUAUUUCUGUCUGCGAAGUGAUACUGAACAAAAAAUGGAAAAAUUACUUAUGUAAUUUCAAACCUAGAAAUAUUUUGUACUUUAAACAGAAUUAAUGCUUUACUCAUCAAAUAUGGUUAUAUAUUAUCAUUGAGGAUUGAAUAGUUUCAUGAGUAAACUUUUUAGAUAACAAGAACUUAUUCUUUCAAGAACUUAAAAUGUUUUUGAUGGAACUCUUUUCCUGGGAGGAAUGAGGGGGAUUGUGGCUGUGGGUAGGUCAUUACAUACUUUACUAAUCACAAAAUAAAAUAUGUGGAAUGCAGUUUAGCUUUUUCUUUGAUUCUGAGCUGUCAUUAUGACCAUGACGUUAUAGUAGCCCCUAUUUAUAGAGCUCUUUGUAAUUUAGAAAGAAUCUUUCCAUAGUUUGUAAAAAGUUUUCAUGUAUAUCAUUUAAUAGUUAGAAGAACUUUGCAAGUUUCAAGUUUCAACUGAGAAAAUUGAUAUACAGAGAGGUUCCAAGGACCAGAACCAUCAUUAACUUGUAAAAGGCAGAGUCCUAAGCCCAGUAUUUGCUUCUACUUCACUGUUUGUGGUGUGCAGUCAUAUAACUAUGCUCUCAGGGAUUAUUGAGGUCUUAAGCCAUUUAACUCUUCAUUAAAUGUUCUCAGAUCAUCUCCUUUUUGCUUUGGUAUUUUGUGUGUGUUGGGCAGGUAGAGGCUCUUUUCCCUGGCUUUUAUCAUCAUUCUAUGGUCCUGUGUUUCCUUGUAGCAGCUAUCAGUUGUAUCCCCUACCCCAGUCUCCUUUCUUCUAAAUUGUUGCUUCUAAUCUGCUAGAGGCUGAGAGAUAGAAAAUAAAAUUUGUCAGACUGGGAUAUAAAAUGAAUCACUCUGAAUGAGCCGGGAUCUUUUCUGUGAUCCAUGAAGUUACAUGUAGAUGCUUUAAUACUUGGAUAUCAUGACAGCGGUUUUGACUUGAAUGGUGUUAAGGAUUUACUUGUGUGUGUAUCAUAAAAUGUGGGUUUUGUGUUCCGGUUAGUUGAGGCUGACUUUAAGAUAAGUGAGAUAUUAUAAUAUGCCUUAAUUACUGCCUUAUAUUAAAUGUUCUCACAAAUAGCAAGAGUAAAGAUUAGGAAAAGAAUAUAGGUGUUAAGUUUAUGGAGAUUUUCAACUUCAGAUAAUUUUUAAUGGAGAUGUUUUACUUUCUUGAACCCAAAGAUUAUUAUAAGAGAUCUGAAAUAAGCUUUAAAAGGAGUUUAGUAUUUUUAAAAGUCACCUCAAAAUCUUGAGAAGUGUUGUGUGUAUUUCUUCGUAUACUUACAAAUUAAUAGGAGUAGUGUCGAUUGUAUAAGAAAGGAAUGAAACUCAGAAAGAAAUACACCACAUUGGCCACAAGAAAUAAACCUCACAAAUUUUAUGUGUUUCUCUUCCAGAUCCGACGUAUCCUGAAGGGAAAGUCCAUUCAGCAGAGAGCUCCACCGUAUUAGCUCCAUUAGCUUGGAGCCUGGCUAGCAACACUCACUGUCAGUUAGGCAGUCCUGAUGUAUCUGUACAUAGACCAUUUGCCUUAUAUUGGCAAAUGUAAGUUGUUUCUAUGAAACAAACAUAUUUAGUUCACUAUUAUAUAGUGGGUUAUAUUAAAAGAAAAGAAGACAAAUAUCUAAUUUCUCUUGGCAGAUUUGCAUAUUUCCUACCCAGGUAUCUGGGAUCUAGACAUCUGAAUUUGAUCUCAAUGGUAACAUUGCCUCCAAUUAACAGUAGCUUUUGAAUAGGAAAGGACUUUAAUUUGUGGCACAAAACAUUAUUAAUAUAGCUAUUGACAGUUUCAAAGCAGGUAAAUUGUAAAUGUUUCUUUAAGAAAAAUGAAAGCAUGUGAAAGGAAAAGGUAAAUACAGCAUUGAGGCUUCAUUUGGCCUUAUGCAGUCCCUGGGAGUUACUGGCAUUGGACAGGCUUCAGUCAUUGGACUAGAUGAAAGGUGUCCAUGGUUAGAAUUUGAUCUUUGCAAACUGUAUAUGUUAUUUUUGUCCUUAAAAAUAUUGUACAUACUUGGUCAUUAACAUGGUCGUCAUAUUUGAAAUGUAUAAGUCAAUAAAAUAGAAAAGAACAAGUGAAUUGUUGCUAUUUAAAAAAUUUUUUACAAUUCUAAGGAGUUUUUAUUGUGUAAUCACUAAGUCUUUGUAGAUAAAGCAGAUGGGGAGUUACGGAGUUGUUCCUUUACUGGCUGAAAGAUAUAUUUGAAUUGUAAAGAUGCUUUUUCUCAUGCAUUGAAAUUAGACAUUAUUUGUAGGGAAUUGCAUGCUUUUUUCUUUUUUUCUCCGGAGACAGGGUCUUGCUCUGGCACCCAGGCUGGAGUGCAGUGGCGUGAUCUUGGCUCACUUCAGCUUUGACCUGGGCUCAAGUGAUCCUCCUGCCUGAGCCUUCUGAGUAGCUGGGACUACAGGUGUGCACCCCUCGCCUGGCUAAUUUUUUAUUUUUUGUAGAGGCAGGAUCUUGCCACCUUGCCCAGUCUGGUCUUGAACUCCUGAGCUCAUGCCAUCUGCCUGCCUUAGCCUCCCAAAAUGCUGGGAUUACAGGAGUGAGCCACCAUGCCCGGCUGGCAAUUGCAUGGAAGAGAACACCUCUUGAUGGCUUACCCUCUAGAAUUUCUAAUUUAUGUGUUCUGUUGAAAUUUUUGUUUUUUUACCUUUAUAGAAACAACAAAAAGUCAAUAUUGAAACAUGUCUUCCUGUUUUCUAUUGUCAAAUGAUGAUAAUGUGCCAUGAUAUUUUCUAUAUAUCAUUCAGAAAAAGUUUUAUUUUUUAAUAACGUUCUAUUAACAUUAUUUUGCUUGCCGCUGGCGUGCCUGAGGAAUGCAUUUGGCUUUGAUUACACACUACGUUUUUCUAAUAAAUUUGACUCAUUAAAAACCUUUUUUUUUUAAAAAAAAGAAAUCUCAUUAGUGACUAACUUAUCUUUGCAGCUGAAUACUUAAAUUCUUUUUAAAAAGAUACCCUUUGGAUUGAUCACAUUGUUUGACCCAGUAUGUCUUGUAGACAUGUUAGUUAUAAUCACCUUGUAUCUGUAAAUAUGGUGUGAUAUGAACCAGUCCAUUCACAUUGGAAAAACUGAUGGUUUUAAAUAAACUAAUUCACUAAUA